GGCAGUAAAGCCUAAAGAAACCCUAAAGACUCGCUUACGAGGAAAAGCAGCGGAUGUUUUUAUCCUAAAUCUGACAACAAACGGAGAAAGUCUGCCGUUUUUUUUUUAAAGUAAUCAUCAGUUUUCCACAACACAGAAAAGCCUACGAUUUAUAUGUCCAGUCAGCUCCGCAUCAUGUCCGCUGAUCUGGAUCUUUCUCCUCCGGAGGUUCCUGAACCCACUUUCUUCGAGAGUCUCCUGCGUUAUGGAUUAUUUCUAGGAGCCAUUUUUCAACUCAUCUGUGUUUUAGCAAUAAUCAUACCCACAUCCAAGAGCCACGAGCAGGUGGAGACGCCGGAGCCGGCUGAAGCUCGCAGCUCAGAGCAGAACCGAAAGCCAAAGGGACCCGUUCAACAAAUCCGACAGAAACUGAAAAAGGAGAGCAAGAAGAAGAGAUAGAGAGAGUGUGAGACUGAACAGUGGGUGUGUGCGUGUGUGUCUGACAAACUCACUAAUGAUGGAUUCACUGACAGCAUUAGAGGACGUGGAUCGAACAAGAUAUUGUUCAGUUCAGCCAUUAGAUCAUCUGGUUUGAGUUUGGGGUUUGCCAUGUUUUGUAUGUCAUCAUGUUAUGGAUGUAUUGUUGUUUCUGAGUAAUCUUUGGUGUUAUUUUUUAUGCCAAUUUUAAGUGCAUUCAUCUGAAUAAACUGAUGAUUUUGCUUGUUUC